GGCAUCUGAGCGAACACAGGGAGUGGGCGGGGUACUGGCCCCUGUUGACCUUGGGAGCUGCACAAAGCAUAGGAGGGUAUCGCUUUCAGCUGACUCUGGUGGAGCCGCUAUGACCGAAACAACAGGUUACUCGGGGAGCGGCCUGGUCCUUGUUAAAAACCCACACUUGGACUUGAUGGAGGAGGACAUCCUGUACCACCUGGACUUGGGAACAAAAACGCACAACCUGCCAGCAAUGUUUGGGGACAUAAAGUUUGUCUGCGUUGGCGGCAGCCCGAACAGGAUGAGGGCGUUUGCCCAGUUCAUGCACCGGGAGCUGGGCCUGGCGGGUGACGGGGAGGACGUGGCUGACAUCUGCGCGGGGUCGGACCGCUACGCCAUGUACCGGGCAGGGCCCGUGCUCUCCAUCAGCCAUGGAAUGGGCAUCCCUUCCAUUUCCAUCAUGCUUCAUGAGCUGAUCAAACUGCUGCACCAUGCAAAAUGCCGGGACGUUACUAUUAUACGUAUCGGUACUUCUGGGGGCUUAGGGAUCAAGGCUGGGUCUGUUGUGAUCACCGACACGGCCGUGGACUCCUCCUUCCAGCCACGUUUCGAGCAGGUAGUGCUGGGCGAUGUGGUGGUGCGGAGCACCGAGCUGGACAAGGACCUCGCAGAGGAACUGCUCGCCUGCAGCAGGGAGAUUCCCGACUUUCCCACGCUCAUCGGCCACACCAUGUGCACCUACGACUUCUACGAAGGUCAGGGGAGAUUAGAUGGUGCAUUAUGCUCUUUUUCCAGCGAAAAAAAGUUGGAAUACUUACGGAGGGCUUAUGACGCUGGUGUGAGGAAUAUUGAAAUGGAGUCCACAGCAUUCGCUGCCCUGUGUGGACUGUGUGGCCUCAAAGCCGCCGUCGUCUGCGUGACGCUCCUGGACCGGCUGGAGGGGGACCAGAUCCGGGCGUCCCACGAGGUGCUGUGGGAGUACCAGCAGCGGCCGCAGCGCCUGAUCGCCGCCCUCAUCCGCAAGCGCCUGGGGCUGGGCCCCGCGCUCCUCCCCUCGGACUGACGGUGACAGCGAGGGACAGGCUGCGGGACCUGCCCGCCCCGGCACACGGACCUGCUCCGGGAAGCGGGAGAGCUUCGGUCCCGCCGCGCUGCCGCGGCCGAGCGGAGCGGCCGGGGCCAGCGGCCGGCGCAGUGCGGGAGCCGCCGGCCCGCAGCGCGGCUGCAGGCGCACCGACAAAAUCUGCGCAGAAAUUCGGGCUGCCUAACAGAGCUGCAGGCUCCCCACUCCAGCCGUCGUAAAGGACUGUCCUGUUAGGGUCACUCCUGUCCACAGCGAUCUUCCAGGAAGGAGAUCUCUUUGCUUUGGGCAUAAAGAUGAAACCUAAGUAAAUGACAUGAAAAAUUAA